AUGUCAGGACAUUCUUUACUCAUUAAAGAUCCCACUAAACUGGAAAAAUUACUUGAUUUUGCACAGAAAGGAGGUAUUGGAAAAGGAAUUGCUAAUCAAGAUAUUACAGCAAGUGGUGAAAAUGAUCUAAUGUUUUUUACUGGUGAAACAAUUGUAGUUUUGAAACAUGUUAUAAAUGAUAUUUAUCUUGGAUAUUGUGAAGGCGUUAUAGGGACAUUUCGAGAUGUUACAGUUGAUUUUCAAGAACCAUUAACAACCCUGAAAUCUUUAAAAUUAAAACAACGACAACAACAAAAUCAUCAUAAUGAAAAUUCCAAUCACAGUAAUAACAGCAAUGAUAACAAUUAUCAUAAUAACAAUGAUGGUGGUGGUUUUCUUUUACCUUCUGAUGCUAUUCGAACUCAUCUAAAACAAUCAUCCAAAAAAAUUCCAAAUCCACCAAAAAGAUUAUCCGGCUUACCGAAAGAUUCCGUCACCUCUGCAUCCAUCAUCACAACAAUCCCAAAUAGUAAAGUAUCACCCAGUUUAACAUUAAACUCGAAAAAUCAUGAAUUAUCAUCAAAAAUAAUCAAUCAUUCAUCAGUUCCUCCUACUCACCGUCAACGUGAUGAUCAUCAGAAUAGUUCAUCACCAUCGUUAAAUAAUAAUCCUGAAAUUUUAAUAUCAAAAGAACAAUUAUCACCAAUAAAUAAAAUCAAUCGUAAUAAAGGACUUGAAAUCAUCGUUAAUCAAAAAAUAUCAUCAAAUCAUUCAUCAUCGACAAUCCAAAAUUCAACUUCGCCAAAACUUACAAACCACAUUAAUACAACUGAGAUAAAUCAAACUUAUCAACUGAAUUCAAGAAAUUUAAAUAAUCAUAAUCAUAAUAACAGAAUGCAAGUAUCAUCCAGAAUUUCACCAGCAUCCUUGCCAAAUUCAGCACAUUCUAUAAAUUCUAAAUCAAUCAAUCAAAUCUCAUAUAAUGGCCAACUUUCACUAAGAAGUGCAUCUCCUAUCUCACAAAAUUCUAUAAACAAUUAUAAUAAUGUUUCAGAAUAUAAAAAGAAUCAAUCAAUGAAUCCAAAUAUCGUUUCUAAUAAAAUAGGCCAUUAUUCACCAUCAACUUCUCCAUUACCAUCACCAGCUUUUCCAAAAGUUAUGAUAAAUGAUUCACCUAUAGUAGAUAGUGUUGACGAUGAUGAUGAUAUAAAUGAUUAUAAUACGUAUCCUGUUUCCACCACACCUGUAAUAAUAGCAGUAAAACAAGUUAUAACUACUGAUACGAGUGCUCCUAAAAUAGCUCUUGAUAAAGAUAUCGAUGGUUAUAAUAAUUAUGGAAAUUAUAAGAAAGAUAAUUAUACACCACAAACACUUCAAAUACCUAAUGAGCGAUUAAGUGUUUACGAAAGUGAUGUUACCACUGAAGAUGAGGCAGAUGAUAUGGAUAAAUUUGAAAAGGAAAUCAAUAAACCUGCUAAUUCAGGUGAAUCUAAAAGCAUAAAAAAGAAAAUCCUUGCAAUUGAUGAAUAUGGUUUUGUUUAUGAUGUUUCUGAAAAAGAAAUCCCACCAGGAGCUGAUCGAACUAAAAGAACAGUACAAGCACCCGGUGCAGAGGAAAAAACUACACGAGUUAUUAAGUUAUAUCGUGAACGUGAGGCCAAAUGGUUGGUUGCUCUUGGUACUAUGAAUCCUAAUACGGCAAGAGAUUCAAAAAAAAUUAAAAAAUUGGCACGCCUUGGUAUUCCAGAAUCUAUCCGUGGUAAAUCAUGGCAAUUUAUGGCAGGUGCAGAAAAGUAUAGAAAGUAUCGAUAUUAUGAUGAACUCCGAAAAAGACCCGAUCUCCCAAUAUAUGAUGUGAUUGAAAGAGAUAUAAAUAGAUGUUAUCCUGAUCACAUUCAAUUUCGUAAAGAGACAGGUUCAGGACAAGAAGAUCUCUAUGAUGUUCUUAAAGCAUAUGCACACUAUAGUCCAGAAAUAGGAUAUUGUCAGGGUAUGGGACGGUUGGUUGGAAUGAUGCUUAUGCAAAUGCCAGCAGAAGAUGCAUUUUGGCUUCUUGUGGCUACAAUUGAUGGAUAUAUGAAUGACUAUUAUACACCCACCUUAGCACAAAUACGUAUUGAUGCUUUUAUAUUUGAAAAACUUUUAGCCGAACAUGACCCUAAAUUAUCAAAACAUUUGGCUGAUAAUGAUAUAAUUCCAUUAAUUUAUAUGACACAAUGGUUUAUGACAUUGUUUACAAUGGCAUUACCGUGGGCAUCGGUAUUACGAGUUUGGGAUAUAUUUUAUUUUGAGGGCACAAACUUAUUUUUUAGAGUAGGAUUGGCAAUGUUAGAUUGUGUUCGUGAUCACAUUCUUAAGAAUUGUCCAACAAGUUCGGAAAUUUUAUCGUUUAUAUUACACAUCCCACAUGAAUUGUUAACACCAGAUCCACUUUUGGAGGCAAUAUUUAAAAUCAAAUUAAAAGCUACAAAUAAAAACAACACUGAUAUUACUAGUUCUAGUAAAAAAUCAAAACAAUCUAAAAGUUCAGGAAAUGCAAAAAUAAAAUUUAAAUUAGUCGGUGAAUAA